UGUUGCGGAGUGGAGCCGACAGCUCUGAGAGCGGCCGAGAGAGAAAGAGAGACCGAGAGAGGAGUGGUCCCCCACCCAAAUGGAGGCGGCCGCCUCGUCGCCGUCGCCGGAGCAGCCGCUGCUCCGUCCCCCGUCCCCGCCGCCCAAUCCCCGCACCGGAGCCAGCUCCGGCAGCCCGGCCUCCCCUGCGUCCCCCGCGGCGAGGCCGAGCCGCCUCGCGGCGCUCAUCGGGCGCGCCGCGGGGCGGCGCGGGCCCUCGAUGCUGGUGCGCGAGACGGCGGCGCUGCAGCUGCAGCAGAGGCGCGCGGAUUGGGCGCACUCCCGCCCCGUCGUCGCGCUCGACAUCGCCUGGAACUUCGCCUUCGCCGCCGCCGCGGCAGCCGUGCUCGCGUCCUCCGCCGAGGAGAGCCCCGUCAGGCCGCUCCGCCUGUGGCUCGUCGGGUACGCCGCGCAGUGCCUGGUGCACGUCGCGCUCGUCUGCGCCGACACCCGCCGCGGGCACCCCACCGCGCGUGGCUCAGCCUCCGACAUCGAGUCCGCGGGCGCGGGGACGGACAGCUCGGACACCGACGGCGAAGAUGACGAAGGGACGGAAGAGAGGAGCAGCUAUACAAGUCGUUGCGAGUCUAUGAACACGAUGAUAUCGUUUCUGUGGUGGAUCAUUGGGUUCUACUGGAUAGUGUCAGGCGGGGAGGAGCUCGAGCUCGGCGCUCCACGGCUGUAUUGGUUAACCGUUGUGUUUCUAGCCUUUGAUGUGUUUUUUGCUGUGUUCUGCGUUGUUGUGGCGUGCUUCAUUGGGAUUGCACUGUGUUGCUGCUUGCCUUGUGUUAUUGCUAUUCUCUAUGCUCUGGCUGGUCAGGAAGGUGCAUCAGAUGCAGAUAUUGGUGUUCUUCCCAGGUAUAGAUAUUCUGAUCCAAGUGAGAACGGAGAAAAAGGGGCAGAUGAGGGAGUGAUGAUCCCUAUCAUGAAUAAUAGUGGGACAUCAACAAGUGAGCGUAUACUUCUUCGUGAGGAUGCUGAAUGUUGUAUCUGCCUCUCAUCAUAUGAAGAUGGAGCAGAGCUAUCUGCUCUCCCCUGCAACCAUCACUUCCAUUGGACAUGUAUUACCAAAUGGCUUCGAAUGCAUGCUACCUGUCCACUUUGCAAGUACAACAUUCUCAAAGGCAGUGACAGUGCAUAACGGACUUAUGCUGACACAACUUCCACACCUCAGAGCCUGUGUGCAUCAACAUCCAACUCGUAAAGCAAGCAAGCAAAGCUUCUGCGAUGUCUUAGUGUUUCUGAUCUGGUUGUACGCUGAUUCAAGAGCUGUUUUUAAAGUGACAAUGAUGCGUGUUUUCCUUUUAGGAUGUAGUGGCAACCUGUAAAUGAAUGAAACCUAACUUACAGUGGGCUUUGCUAAUAUCACCUGUAAAUAUCUUUCGAGUUGCGCUGCUUUUUUUCA